GAGUAACCAGGAAGCAAAUUACAUUUAGUGUCUUUUCGUACAAAUCACACUUUAAGUAAAACUUGUCAUUGAUAAAUUAGUGGUGAUUAGUCAUGAUGUCGAUUAAAUGGAUUUUGUUUUGUCUAGUUCUAUGUGUGAUGUUGGGCAGUGUUGUUUUGCAGUGCAGAGAGAAUGGAGAUUGUGAUUGUCACUGUACCUGCUGUAACAGCUUCUUUUGUCCAAUAGAUGGCAUCUGUAAGGCAUGUGACGGGAAGUGGAGCGGUUCGACAUCUAAUAAAUGUCAAAGAGAAAACAUUGCCUACAAACUGCCAACAGUUUCACAGACAACGACGAAUGACAAAUAUGAAGCCAGUAAAGCAGUUGAUGAAGAUAGGGAUACCUAUUCGAUGACAAAGGCUGGUCUCGGUGUCACAUUUUCCUUAACAUUUUCAGAGGUCAAAAGAUUAAAAUACAUAUAUAUCGAUUAUUUCGAACUAGCUAAUAAUGGAGCUCGUUAUGAAGUAUAUGUGAUUAACUCUACUGAGACCUCUCUGACAGUUGCUAACUUGUGUAGAACUUUCCUUUCAACACCAAGGAACCGUUUAUAUUAUGAUUUAUCUUGUGAUCAAAUAAUGACAGGAGAUUCAGUAGUCAUCAGGAAGGACGGUCAGGGAGGUUUAUUGUUUUAUGAAGUAAAAGUGUAUGAAUGUAGUCAGGGCACAUACGGAAAAUACUGUGACAGAAGAUGUUCCAACUGCUUAGACACUCGAUGUGACGGAUUUACAGGAGUGUGUGUAUCGGGUUGUAAAUCUGGUUGGUAUGGACAAAAUUGUGACAGAGAAUGUCCUUCUAUUUGUAUAAGUACUCCCUGUAAUAGAUAUUCAGGUUGCACAGAAUGCCCUGAUGGCUUUAAUGGAUCCAGAUGUGAAAAAUGUAUGGCUGGUACUUACGGUAAAAACUGUAGUUUAAAGUGUCUGAAUUGUAAUUCACUUUACUGUGACAAUAUCCUGGGAUGUCAAGAUUGUUAUCCUGGUUUUUACGGCCCAAAUUGUAACGUCUCCUGUCCAGAGAACUGCAAAAAUGAAAACUGUUUGAAACUGUCUGGAUACUGUAAGGAUGGCUGUGAGGACGGAUUUAUGGGACCGAAAUGCGAAACAUCUUGCAGUAAAAAUUGUGCCACUUGUAUUUUAAAUGAUCAGUGUUCAUCGUGUGUUGCGGGAUUGUAUGGUGUUCAGUGUGAAUUAACAUGUCCAGAAUCAUGUGGCGGGAAAAAGGCAUGCGAUAAGGAUAAAGGCCGGUGUGAUGAAUGUGGUGCUGGAAGAUAUGGUGAAAAUUGCACACAACUCUGCAGUAAAAAUUGCAUAUCAGAUAUAUGUCGAAGGGACGGGGAAUGUAUCGGUGGUUGUAAAGAAGGAUGGCUAGGUCUGAAUUGCAGCAUGGAAUGUUCCGAAAAAUAUUGUUCAGAAUGUAUUACAUCUGGUUCAGGAGUUUUGUGUAACAAAUGUGAUGAUGGUUACUAUCUAGACACAGAAAAGAAGUGUCAGAGUUGUUCAUCUAAUUGCUUGUCCUGUGACGGUGAAUCGAAAUGUACUCGAUGUAAACCCACGUUUACUGGAGAUCUGUGCGAGGAAUGUAGUAAAAAUUGCAUUAAUAACUUGUGUAACAUGGAUGGGAUUUGUACAUACGGUUGCAAUAAUAGAAAGCAUGGGGUAGGAUGUUCUGAAGGAUGCAGAGAAAACUGCGAACAUUGUUAUGAUUACUACAACUGUACCGAGUGUUCACCUGGAUAUUUCGGACGAUAUUGUUGGUCUUGUAUUCAAAACUGUUAUAUCUGUACUUCAUCUUACGACUGUCUCUACUGCAAACCUGGAUUGUAUGGAAGUUCCUGUCAGUCCUAUUGCCCUCAAGAGUGUUUAAUUUGUAAUGCUUCCGAUUAUUGUACCUCCUGUAGGGAAGGCUGGUCAGGCAGAACAUGUCAAUGUAAUCUUAAUUGUAAUGAUGAAUGUGGAGACAAUGGAAAAUGUAAAGAUGGAUGUAAAAGUUCAUUUUAUGGUGAAUAUUGUAUGGAAUCCUGUCCUGUGGAAGAUUGUCAAAUAUGUGAUCAAAUGUUUGGAAAUUGUACAAAGUGUAAGGAAGGACUUUAUGGAACGCAAUGUGACAUGGAAUGUAGUAUAACAUGUGUUGGAUCAGUUUGUGAUAUUGGUGGUGAAUGUCUUCAAGGUUGUCAAGAAGGUUUUACUGGAGAAAACUGUGAAAUGAUUCAACAAAAAGAAGAUGCUGCUGAUACUCCAAUGUACGUAUUCGUCUUGGUAGGAGGAGUUCUUUUGUUCGCACUUGUUUUAAUUGUUGCGAUUGUCUUAAGAAGAAACUUGCGAGAAAAACAAAAAAGUAUGUCGCCUCCUGUUGAAAAUGAUAUAAGACUGACUGAGCAUUUAUACGAGGAGGAUCGCAUUUAUGCCAAUGAAAAUCAACAGAACAACAGUCCAGAAGUUCAGACACGGUCGUUGUAUUCAGAGGUCUCACCAUACAACCUCCGUGGAUCACAAGCAUAUCUAAUCGAACUCGAUCCUAAUGACGUAGAUGACGUCGAGGUACCAACACCUGCUGAGUCGGACUAUUAUAACGUGAAGAUAACUCUUGUCCCUGUAGAUCAACUUUGGGAAAAAGUUCAGGAAAAGAAAUCCAGAGGAGAACUUAACAAGGAAUUUGAGAGCAUACCAAAUGGUCUCUUAGAGUCAUGCAAGGAGGCUUUGAAACCACAGAACAGAUCUCGAAACAGAUACAAGAAAAUGUAUCCUUACGACUCAACCCGAGUAAUUCUACAAGUGGAAAAGGGAACAGAUAACACAGAUUUUAUCAACGCUUGUUUUGUGAACGGAUUUGAAAAAGAAAGGGAAUACAUAGCUGCGCAGGGUCCAUUUACUCCAGAAACUGUUUAUGAUUUUUGGAGAAUGAUAUGGCAGCAGAAUUGCGGAAAAAUUGUUAUGCUUACGAAUCUCGUGGAAAACGAAAUAAUUAAAUGUCAGAAGUAUUGGCCAGACAAAGAAGAGUCAUAUGAUCAUUUUCGAGUCAAAUUAUUAAAGGAAGACAUCACAGCUGACUACACUAUUCGAGAUUUUAUUCUUUCAACGAACGGGAACACAAAGGUCUUGACGCAGUUCCAUUUUACCGCAUGGCCGGAUAAGGGUGUCCCCCAAAAUGUGACUUCGAUAGUGGAUUUUAGGAAUAAAGUUGUCAGCCAUGAAGCCAAACUAGGUGGACCAGUGCUAGUUCACUGCAGUGCAGGGGUUGGUCGCACUGGGACGUUUAUGGCACUGGACUUUCUUAUAAAACAGGGAGAGCGGGAAAGAAGUGUUGACGUCAUCAAUUGUGUGGCCCGGAUGCGUCAACAAAGGGUGCAUGUUGUACAAACAGUGGAGCAGUACGUAUUCUUGCACGAUGCCCUAAUUGAAGGUCUAGCAGAAGGAAAAGGUGUUGUGACGGUCGUUGAGUUUCCUGAGUAUUACAGUAGUUUGAAACAAAUAAAUCCUUCUACGAAAAAGAGUGGACUGUGGGAACAAUUCCAGGUCAUCAACAAGUUAUCGCCAGUUUUUGACGACAGAAGAUUCCAGACGGCUAAACUUAAGGAGAAUAGAUGUAAAAAUAGAUAUACCAACGUCCUUGCAAGUGACGAGUAUAGAAUAUUUAUCUCAAGUGGGAACAAUAAUUAUGUUAAUGCAAUACAAAUACCGGGCUACAAGCGCCGGAAUUCAUUUGCUCUCACACAAAUGCCUCUGACCAACACUGUCCAGGAUUUCUGGUUUCUUGUCCUCGAACAAGACGUGUCCACAAUUGUCAUGAUGAAUUCUUUCAAGAAUGACAAGAGUAUGGGGAUCUACUGGCCAGUGGAUAAAGACGAAGUGACCUUUGGACCAAUAACCGUAAAGCUUCUAGAGAGGGGGGCUGGGAAUGCUCCCUAUAGCGUUCUCAAAAUGAUGGUGUUAAAUGUCAAGACUCAAGAGGAGAGAAUUGUGAAACAGUUCCAGUGUAAGUUUUGGUCAGAAGAUGCUGUCAGGCCUGAAAGACCCGAGCCAAUGCUAGAGAUGAUUGAAGAAGUGAAUGCAUGGCAGAAAGAAGUCAAUGACCCUGUUAUUGUGGUUCACUGCAUGAAUGGCGCAAAGAAAAGUGGUCUCUUUUGUACGGUUGCCACGAUCAUUGAGCGACUGCGAACUGAACAGGAAGUCGGAGUUGUGCAGACAGUGUUACAAAUGAGAACCCGUCGCUCUCAGAUUGUGCCCAGUCUGGAGCAGUUGGUUUUCUGUUAUGAUGCUGUGCAAGCCUACAGUGACAUGUCCAAUACCUAUAUGAAUUUAACUUAAGGAACAUUUUAAAAUGCAUAGUUUAUUUGUACAUAAAUGUAUUUUAAUAAUGCAGUGUAAUGAGUGUAUGUAGUUUAUUUCAUAAAAAUUCUUGAAAAAGUUUUUUUUGAUAAAUUUUGAAAUAUUGA